ACGACAUCACAGCUCGCAUCCUCUACUUCAUUCCACAUGCAUGCACAACCAUGAAGGAAACGGCGACUGAAAUGCACCCGGAUAAUAAGCAAUAUUUUUUUUGCAUGCACAGGACUGCAGAUGGGAUCGUGCAAUAGGUUAUCAUCUCUUCUCUAAGAUAAGACUCACAUCAGCCACCAUCAUGGAUGCAGUGCCAGAAUACUCGAUCUUCCUUGUCAGGAUUUUGGAGGAACUAGACACCAAGUACAGCACUGUGUCAUAUCAGGAUCUGUGUAAGUCUCUGUGUGCUCGUUUUGACCUGGUACAUCUGGCAAAACUUAGGAGCUUACUAUUCUACACAGCAUGUUUGGAUCCUAGUUUUCCCGCUACCUUAUUUAAGGACAAAAUGAGGUGUUCGGUGGAAGAUCAGCAGUCUAAGAAGCUCAUGGUAGCUGCGGACAUUGUGACCAUGUUCAACCUCAUCCAGAUGAACGGUGGGAUGGCCAAAGACAAGUUGCCAGUUAGUCAGAAACCCAAGUUUCAUAAAAAUCAAUCCUUUGAGUCCUGCAGAUCUGAUACAGACGUGUAUAAAUACAGCGAGUGUGAAAGUGUGUAUGGUCACACAGACAGAAGGGGUCAUCGUGCUUCUCGGAACUCACCCUGCCCCAAAUCUGAGUGCAACAGCUGUCAGCCAUUUAUACCAGCUUCAGAGCCUAAUUUUCUCCUGGGAGUCAACAAGGAUCUGAAAUGUAGAGCAGCAUCACUGGAUAAGCUGCAGCAUCUGCCUCAGUAUGCCAGUGCCAGUCCUCCGCCGUGUGAGAUGCAGAGCACCUACUUUCCCAUGGACAUCGAUAGUGAGUCCACUACCGACCACGACUCCCUGCACAUCAACCCGGGUGGCAAGGACGUUUUUCUGCCUAACUCAGAGUCUUUUAGCGUGCACUCGUGUAUGCAAAAGCGGAAUAUUUUCAAGGAGGACUUUCACAACCUUGUUGCCUUUUCGCCCCGUGUGAUCUCUGCGGAGUCUAAAGCCAGUGCCAGAGACAGUGGAGAUUACCACAGGAGGGAAUUGCACAAGCCUCCAACUUUCUUUAAUCACAGCUUUGAGUUGCCAUAUAGCAACCCUUAUUUCGAACCAGUCAACUCACCUAUACAAAGCAAAGGACGAGUGAAGCACGAGAGUCUAGAUGACUUGCAGGCAUCCACAUAUUUUGGUCCAACAACGGUCACUGAGUGUGUGAACACCAAGAGGACUUUUGGGAAGCAGAGCAGGCAGCCUGCCUGGCCCGUCAAGAGCUUAAGCCUGAACGCAGAUGAGGGCUCUGAUUUUGAGAGAUCCUUUUUAAACCAUAAGGUGCCAGUAGACAAUCAUCGGCAUAUUAGUAUGAUGGACAACGAUCAUCACUUCCAGUGUGCCAAAGAGAAGCCCACAGCCUCUCCGUCAGGCUUCUCAAAGAAGUCCAGCGGUCCAAAGAUAAAAGAGAUGGCCUCUGUUGGUUGUGGUCCGAGUUCUGAAAAGAGAGAAGGAGGAAAGAGAUAUAAAGACAAGAGCAUCAACUGUCCAUCGCUCCAGACUGCUAACGUAGACAACGGUCUUAGUGUGGGUACUCAGACUGACCAGUCAGAACAGAGGAAGCUGAAAGACUACAGUAUGCGCAAGUAUGCAGAGAGGCCACCGUUUAAACAAACAGACGAGGAGUGUGAGCUCGUAAGUGAUGACAUUAGUGACAUAUUUCGCUUUCUGGAUGACAUGAGCAUAAGCGACUCUAUUGGGAUACCCCAGUCAUCCUGUUACAACAGUAAUGGCUCGCUCUCUCAGGUGACAAAGUCAGAUGGUGAUAGCUCACCUGAACGCAACACGAUCAAACUAGGCAAGUCUGCCAGCAAGCUAGACCAUCUAUUCCACUCUCUAGAGAACACUGAUGACGAGCUCAAAGCGAGUGUAUGCAAGCUGGUCCUCAGGAUUGGUGAAAUCGAGAAGAAGCUUGAAUCCCUCUCAGGAGUGCGUGGAGAGAUUUCACAGGUCCUGUCCAAGCUCACCAAGUUGGAUGAGAAGAUCCAAGAGCCAGAAACAAAUGGGAAAUCUAGUGAUGGUGGCAUGGCUCAGAUUCAGACGGAUGUGAACCUUUCACCACACAUGUUCCAGUGCCACACCACAGGUCACACUGUCAAAGUGGACACAAACACAGACUGGUGCUGCUCAGAUGCUAGUGGAAGUGAAAGCCUGAGGGUGAAGGCGCUAAAGAAGAGCAUGUUCACUCGCAGGUCUUCCAGGUCUUUGACAGAGGAGAACAGUGCUACCGAGUCCAAAGUGGCCAGCAUCACCAAUUCUCCUCGAGACUGGAGAACUGUCUCUUAUUCAAGCCAUCCGGGAGAAGAUGUGAAAGAGAAGGACAGGCACGGUGAAGGCAAGGACAGACAUAGGAAAGCCAAAGAGACAGAUCGGCAGUAUGACCCUCACCAGGCACACCGGUCAUCCAAGGUCCCAAAGGACUCAUACCUGGUGGAGCAAGUUUUCAGCCCCCACCAUUUCCCCCCCUCUGUCAAGUCACACAUGAAGGGGAGUCCUCUGUACACAGACCUGCGAUUGACUGGUAUGACUGACAGCAAACGUCCACAACCCUCCUGGACCAUAGAGGAAUUCAAACGCAACUCAGGAGACAAGAACAAACUCAGUGUGCUGGACCUACAGACCCAGGAGUCACUCAACCCCAAUAAUCUGGAGUACUGGAUGGAGGACAUCUAUACGCCGGGCUAUGAUUCACUGCUCAAGCGCAAAGAGGCGGAGUUUCGGAGGGCCAAAUUUUGCAAGAUUGGUGCUCUGAUCGCUGCAGCAGCCUGCACUGUGAUAUUGGUCAUCGUUGUGCCCAUUUGCACUAUGAAGUCUUGAGGUCUUCUUGUUUUGCCAAUAAACACAAGACAACUUGUUUUGCUGAUGUAGGGUUAAUUUUGGUGCCUAGAUUAAGCCUUAUUGUGAAUUUGAUAGAACUUUUAAUGGCAGACAUCCAUUCAGAGAACUGUUAUGUUCAGUUUUUGGCUUAAUCCAGGCACAAAGAACUGGUUUUAGAGUCCAACUACAAAUACAAUUCCUUACUGAGGAUUAACAUUUGAUGUUUGUCCUUUUUAUUUCUAGUAGAAAAAUUAUUUGUUAACAUAGACUUUUAUGAAACAUAGAUAAUGUUUUCUUGUUUUAUAGCUAGUAUUUAACAUACUAAAUUAAGAUAUUUCAAUUCUGAAAUCUUUAUGUUGUUGCAAUAGAUACUACAAGGAAGGAAGCGUAGUAUAUUUUUAUUUUACUAUGAUUCUAUGAGAAUUAUUUUUCAAUAAAUUUGCAGACAGAAUGUGAUGCUGUACAGCAAGGUUUAUCUUUUUUGACAAAUCAGGAAUGUUCUAUUGGGUUUGUGCAAUGUUUCUUUUCCCUAAGUGACGAUUUAGAUAUGAUAGACGACUAGAUUACUAUAUAUUCAAGAAAACCAUUUCAGAAGAAGUGAAUGUAUGAAUGGUCAUUGUAUGUAUUAAUUGUAUGAGGAUUCUAAAAUGAUUCCUCUCUUGAUGUUUACUUGUUAUUUCUUAGUACUCAGUACACAAUUGAAAAUUAAUUCAGCAAUCAAUUGGAUACUGGAAUGAUGCUAUGACUUUUGAUAAGCAGUAUUCCCCUAGUUAUUUCAUGCUAAUGAUUUACUUGAAGGUUCUCUUUACAUGCUUAGCAGUUCAAUUGUUUUACUUUUGAAUUUGGACUAUAUACGAAAUGUCAACUUCAUCUGUAUCUAUGGCCCAAAUUGUACGAUUCAUCUUAUUAGUGUUCUUAUGCUGCCUUCACAUACUCAUCGGAUGUCCUCUUUCCCAGCUGCAAGUUCAUAAUUAUGUUUUUGCAUUCCAGUGCAUUGAUAUUGUUAUUUGGCAUCUUCUUGACAUUCUUCAAACCUUCUGAGUCCAGAGUAAAUGUCAGUAUCCAAAUGAAUCUCAUGAUAAUUCUAAUAGCACUUGAGGGCAGCAUUUGUAAAACACUGUAGGCAAUGCCCUAAGUGCUAAAAUGUAUAGAAUCUAUUUUAAAAAGUCCCAAAAGUCAUUACUUUAAUUUUUCAUAUGUUGUACUCUCCAUAGUAAUAGGAUUCACAUAAUGCAUUAUGUACAUCAGUGCUUUGUUACUGAGAAAUGGCAGUGAGCAGCAAGAUGGUUAACCUGGAAAUGAUUAUGUAAUGAAAUCAAGGGUAAUGUUAUGUGUACAGUACAUCUAUGGGACAUCUAUCUGUGGCAUCUUAAAGGCUUAUCUCAACCGCUAAUUAGCAGAUAAGAAAGCAGGCUACCUUAACUAGCUACGUAGAUAGGCUACAAUAGCACAAAGUGUUGACCUCUUUUCUUGCAACUCAUAUCCCAAUCCAUAUUUUUGAGCCAUUAGAAUGAAAUUACAAUAAUUAUUCUACUUGAAACUAGCAUUUGGGAUGUUCCCUGUGUCUGUCUUUGCUGGGGUGUAGCAGAGUCCAUUUAUUACUCUUCAUAGAGGCCUUAGGACCACUGAAUGCAAACUGCCAGCUACAUAUUACUUUUAAAUUUCCCAAGUGGAACAAGUCAUGCUUGGCCAAUUUAGUUUGACAAUUUAUGAUUUUCAUCAAAUUGUCAUCAAGAAAACAUCCAACUGCUGCUGAGAUGAAAAAUUACAGAGUGAGUUGUUUUGCUGUGCUCAUUCAUGUUUGCUUUGUAACAUAUCUGUAGGGUUGACACUGCGAGAGAGAAGUGUUUCAUAAAAAAUGAUCUCUCACUAAUGUAACUAGACUUAUGGGAAUUUAACCCUACUUCUUGUGAAAUUGCACAUGCCCAACUGCUUUUGGUUUUCUUUCUUUGAAUGUCAUUUGAAUGUGCCAUAUCCAGACACCUUGAUUAAAGGUUUGGUUCAGCGAAAUAUUAAUUUACACAAUUUUCCCCUCAUAUCAAAUGUAGUCAAUCGACCUAGCUGUUACAAAUUAUACUAUAAUCCACAUAGCAUGCAGCUUUUCUUUAGAAUACCACCUUUAAGGAAGUAAAUAAUUAUUCAGGAUGGCUGUUGCAUAACAUUGCAACAUUCAACUACAUGGUAAAGGUACAAGUAUUUACAAAGAAAAAGUAUUGAUGGAAAUUAUUAUGAGUGAGAUCCAUUACCAUUACUUGUUAGCUAUGUUAGUCUCAUAGUUGAAAGUGAAAUCUAAAGAAGGCAAUGCCAGACACUAAACGUGUUGGCAGAUUGACUACAUCUGAAGUUAACUGAAAACUAUCAAGUAGAUUUUUCACAAAACCAUUCCUUUAAUAAUCAGUUGUUUGAAUGUGGGAUGUUGAUAGAAGAUACUCUGUCGGGUGACUCUGCCUUCACCACAGGAACUGUGAGCCCUCGUACACUGUAAGACCCUGUACAUAAACUUCAGGUUCAAAGUGCAUAAUGUAAAACAGUUGUAACUGGAAUAUUAUUCUAAUAAAACUCUUAUUGUUCUGA